AUGAAUUCUUCUCCUUCUCCGCAGCCGACGUCUAUAACAAGUCCAACGCGGAGGGUCAAAUCACCCGCGUCCUCACCAAAUCCCAACGAGGCUCUACCAAACCCGACAACGGCAGACGACUACCUAGCGCUCGGGAUCGCGCAUCACGAGGCAGAUCGGUUGACCGAGUCCGCGGAGUGCUUCGAGAAGUCUGCAACGCUGAAUGGUGGAUGUGCGGUAGGGAUGUUGAUGUGGGGGUUAUCGCUGAGACAUGGAUGGGGUGUGCAGAAGGAUGAGGUGAAGGCUUUCAAGUGGUUGAAACAGGCUGCGGAGCAUGCGGUUGUGGAUUUGCAGCAGGGGAGGAGUAAUGUUAGGAGGGAUGCUGUCAAGGUUCGUCGGUUUUGGGUGUUGAAGGAACUUGUGCUUGCUGUGUACGAAGUUGGGCAGUGUUUCUUCCAGGGGUGGGGUGUACCGAGGGAUAAGCAAAUGGGUGUCAGUUAUUUCCAAACAGCUGCACAGCUCGGGGACCCAGACGCACAACAAGAUUUAGCGUUUUGCCUCGCAAAUGGGAAGGGGUGCAAGAAGGAUCGGAAGGCGGCGGCGAAGUGGUAUCGGGCUGCUGUAAGUCACGGAGCUAGCACUGUUGGACUUGCGUGGAUUUAUAAACCGAAGUAUGCGGAUUGA